CCCCAGACUCCCCCAUCACCUUCACGGUUCCCUCAUAACCCUCACGGUCACUACGCCGGCACUCGGCCUUGGUCCUGCUUGCGGCACAUAGACAGCAUAGACGACUCUUAGACCAGAACUACCUGGACACCUUCUCCGACAUAGACGACAUCCCAUAGACCGCCGCUUGCAGCUCCAAGGCCGCCGCCUAAAUCAAAAAAUCACCAAACAACGACAUGCAUCAAGCCCUCCUCAUCGACGAGAUCCUGCGCGACAUCUUCGAGGAAUGCAGUAGGGGCACGCUCAAUGCUGCCGCUCGGACGUGUCGCGCGUGGACGGAUCCUGCGCUCGAUCAACUAUGGCGCGUAACGCGUGGUUUGGAUGCCUUUCUUUCGCUUCUCCCUCAAGUUAAGCUCGAGGGGAAACAUAGGGUGCUCACUCGCCAGCCUACCGAGACGGAGGUCGCACGCGCAGCCACAUACGCCCGCCGCAUUCGCAAACUCGUGAUGCUGCAACCCUUCGUCAAGAUUCCUGCGCUGUAUAAUGUGGCAGACGGUCUCUUCCUGGAUAUCCGCGAGCUCAGGCUGGCAGCCUUCGCCGACAAAGACGCAGCCAACCUCUUCAUCAACCCGGCUCUGAGGAUGCUGGAACUGGACACGUCCCGUGGGACGGAGCUUCAAGACCUGUUAGCGCUCCUUCCUGCGCGCUGCCCCGCCCUGGACAACCUUCGCAUCAGAGGACCGAUCACGGAGGACUGCGAUGGCGCACUUCGUUCCCUGUCCGGUCUACGCACACUUUCGCUCAAGGUCGGUGCCUCUCUGCGUCCUGCGAUCGUAGCAUCGCUCUCGCGGCUGCCCCGCUUAGAGUCGCUCGAGCUGCUUGCGGAGCAUCUGGAUGCGGACGCACUACCCGUACCUGCGUCCACACUCUUCCCCGCAUUGCACGACCUGCAUCUUCGAGCGCACGCUCAGGUAGCGAUCGCCUUCCUUAAUCUCGUACCCAGAGACGCCCUGCGCUCCCUGCGUGUCGACCUCGAAGACACCUCCCUCUCCGCGCAGACCGCGCGCACCGUCUUCGCUUCAGUCGCUUCCGCGGCCUCGAACAGUCUUACGAACUUCACCCUCGAAUGGCACCGUGAUGGAGAGGGCGAACUCACCGCGGAUGCACUCGCGCCGCUAGCCCGCCUGCAGCGCCUCCGCCGUCUGGUACUCGACACCCGCGCGCUGCCAGACCUGACGGACGCGGAACUUGACAAGCUCGCGCAAUGCUGGCCAUACCUGGAAGUGCUCGAGCUCGGGUCCGCACCCCUUCCAGAGCGCGAUGGGCGCGCAGACUGGGCGUGCCGCGGCACACUGGGCUCGCUGAACAUACUCGCGAACGCCUGCCCGAGGUUGCGCGCAUUGAUGAUGCCGGUGGAUCUCGGCAAGGGAGUGGAAGGGAAGGAAGAGGAGGCCGUGUCUCAUGCUUCGCUCGAGUGUCUGAGCCUCUGGUCGCCGUCGGUGUUCGAGCCCAAGGAGGUGGCAGAGAAGUUGGAGGCCAUGUUCCCCGCGCUCAAAAUCGUAGACGGGUCACCGGAGCAUGAGAACCUGUGGAUUGAGGUUCAUAAAACGAUGGGCUUGCCCUGCGCUCAGACCAUCAUGGAUGUUUGUAUGUGAGCUCGCCUAGACGGCCAGGUACACUGGAUCACACUUAGACUAGACUAUGUUCGCGUGUAAUGGUAGCUAUGUAUGUAGCUAUAAUUUAUGGACGGAUAUUUAUUCCUUUCUCGAAGCGU